AUGUUAUUAGAAGAGUAUUUAACGUUAAUGGAUAUGUCUAUUACUGUAUGUGUUCUAGAAGACCAGCAACCAUUCGAUGUCACAAAGAAAAAGAGUCCAGAACUGGAGGAUCAACCUAAAGCAGCCAGGUGCAAGGAAGAGAGAAGAGGCAGCCGUAGCGACCCUAACGUGGAAAUUGACAACAUCGUCGAUUCAGUCAACUACACCACGAAAUUCAAAGAACACGAACAGUUGAAAUUUGCCGUCCAGUAUUUCUACCCUGCUAUCGGUGUUAAAAAUACGAGAUCGCUCCCUGAGGUGGAACAGACCAAUUUAAUAGAACAGCAAUCUGUUUACGUUUGCACCCAAACAGGAAUGUACGCGCCGCACCGCGGUGGCUUUGUACCGCCGACCAUCUACGCAUUAAGCAAUUCGUCAACACCAGGCUUGCGUAGGGUGAAAACCUCCCUAUAUGGAAGCAGCACCGUGCUGUAG